UUUAUUACUUACCUUUCUAUUUAGUCCCUCACCUAUUCAUAUUCCAGUUUCUCAUUCAAACAACUGCCUAGAUAAAUAAAUAAGUCCCUAGCAACUGAGUAGCUGCUGAAAUAACACACUGGAGAACUGCUGACCAAAAAGCUAGGUAACUUGAAAACUACAACCAAUAAAAAAUGAAGACCAAUUGAAAAUUGUCUCAGCAUAUUAAUGUUUACAUCAUACUAAAAUUUGAUUAAAAGGUGAACUACCCCUUUAAACUGGAUAUAAAACAUAUGUAUUUUGGCUUCAUCUUCAGCUAUUAUCUUUCAUACCCACAGCCCUGUAGAGAAAUGAUUGGGAUUUGAGUGCUGUUUCAGCUCAGAUAUUAAAUGAUUAAAAUAUUUCUCUUUCCAGGUGCAAGCGCCCUUCCUGUAGGUCCCACCGGAUUACUUAACAGCUUCAAUUUCUAUAAGAUACUCGGCAAAGGAGGCUAUGGGAAGGUGCUGCUGGCGCGAGAGUUGGUCACCAAACAGCUGGUCGCAGUGAAGGUGGUAGAGAAGAACAUACUACUGAAUUCUGUGGCUAGCAUCAUGAUUGAGAAGGAAAUAUUAGAAGCUGCCAUGGACUGUAAGUUCCUCACAGAAGCAUUUGCUGCUUUUCACACUGAGGACAACAUCUAUUUCGUGAUGGACUAUUUAUCAGGUGGCUCCUUAUAUGACUUUUAUCAGCAGAACAAACCCCUUAACAUCAAUACCAUUCGGUUUCUGGCAGCUGAAAUGAUUUGCGGACUUAAAUCGCUGCAUUCCCUGGGAUAUAUCCAUCGGGACCUGAAACUAGGAAAUGUUCUGCUAGACAGCAGGGGUCAUGCCAAGAUAGCUGAUUUCGGCCUGGCUGCACACAUGAUUAAUGGUAAAGCCAAGGGCUGCGUUGGAACCCGCGGUUACGUGGCUCCUGAGGUUCUCUAUAGGGAUGAGUAUGAUUACACUGUGGAUUAUUACUCACUUGGUGUAACUCUAUUUCGGAUGGCCACCGGGCUGAAACUGGAACAGGAGCCUACACCGGAGUCUAAAGCUCAAAUACAUUCCAUGAGCCCCGAACUCCGGGACUUUAUCCUGAAGCUUGUGUGUGAUAAUCCUGAGGAAAGGAUGAGAUUCGUCUGCUCCAUAAAGGACCAUCCUUUUUUGGGGCCCAUUGACUGGGAGGCCCUGGAAAGUGGAAAACUUAAACCACCUUAUAUUAUGCCUCAACCUAAAAAAUUAGGUGAAUCUGUGCCCUAUGGGACACUAAUGCAAUCCAAAGGCGAGAAGAUCCCCCUCACCACUAGCCAACAGGAACUAUUCCGAGGCAUAUCAUUUGUCAGAAAUUGCAACACCUGACUCGUGUUUUAGAUAAAUGUAGAGAUGUUUCUGGAUAGCUGAGCAGAACCAGUGCCUAAUCUAUAGUUCCGGAGGAGCUAUAUAGCAGGAAUUUGUCUUGUCGCAAUGAGACUGCCAUCUUGACUGUUGCAAAAUGGUUCAAAAUGGAUCAACGUUAUGGAUAUGGGCCAGAACAAUGGACCUAAGAUAACCAAAAGCAACAGUAACAUCUGGAUAGGGGUCCCUAUACCACCAACCCCUCAACCCAAAAGGAGAUGUUUCACUGAAAAUGAUGGCCAGAAUCCAUUCCUAGAUUAUUUGAGAAGGGACCUGAAACUAGGAAAUGUUCUGCUAGACAGCAGGGGUCAUGCCAAGAUAGCCGAUUUCGGCCUGGCUGCACACAUGAUUAAUGGUAAAGCCAAGGGCUGCGUUGGAACCCGCGGUUACGUGGCUCCUGAGGCUCUCUAUAGGGAUGAGUAUGAUCACACUGUGGAUUAUUACUCACUUGGUGUAACUCUAUUUCGGAUGGCCACCGGGCUGAAACUGGAACAGGAGCCUACACUGGAGUCUAAAGGUCAAAUACAUUCCAUGAGCCCCGAACUCCGGGACUUUAUCCUGAAGCUUGUGUGUGAUAAUCCUGAGGAAAGGAUGAGAUUCGUCUGCUCCAGGAAUGUAGGAAUUUGUCUUGUUGCAAUGAGACUGCCAUCUUGACAAAGAUGUUGCAAAAUGGUUCAAAAUGGAUCAACGUCAUGGACAUGGGCCAGAACUAUGGACCUAAGAUAACCAAAAGCAACAGUAACAUCUGGAUGGGGUCCCUAUACCACCAACCCCUCAACCCAAAAGGAGAUGUUUCACUGAAAAUGAUGCCCAGAAUCCAUUCCUAGAUUAUUGGAGAAGGUGUGGGGGUUUAAUACUCACCCACCAAAGGGUUGAGGUUUUUUUUUGUUUUACUGUCUGUUUACUGUUAAU